CCAUGUAGAUAACCGUGUCGAUAACCCCAUUCAGGUCGUGUUCCUGCUUAAAACUCUUAUUGACCUCUGCUUCGGCCCCGGGCGAGGUCAAGUCCUCCCUCGCGAGGUGGAUUCCCAUCAGUCGAGACCCCCGAGCUUCGCCCUUGUCGACCCCUGGAGGGGAGCGCCCGCUGCCCAGCUCCUGAAGGAGCCGCUUCUUCUCCCAGGUCCUGGGAUUCUGCAGACCCUCCCUGUCCUGAGACACCGUCCCCCGCGCCACCUAGUGUCCUCCGCGCGCCACCUAGUGUCCUCCUCACGCCGGGUCCUUGCCCUCCCCAGGCUGCCCCUUCACAGCCACUGCUUUUCCUGACUCCGCGUUGCAGGAGGUCACCCGAGUCUGUCUUGUGACACCCACUGUCGUUCCCUCCCAAAUUUUUACUCCACUGGAAAAUGUGCUUUUCCGGGAGGUGGGCAUCUUAUUCCUCCCCUUUCCUCCUGAAUAUGUGGGUGAGAGGGAUCAGGAGAGGAAAAGGGGGGGAUCGACGGGACAGAAAGAAAAACUGGGGAGAAAAGAAUGAGUACACGGCAAAAUGGAUGAUAAUUUAGGGACUGGCAAAGAGCAAGAGUGCAAGAGGACGCAUGGAGAAAGUAGCACGGGGAGAAAAGCACAUAAAGAAAUUAGGGAAAAGGGAGAGCUUCAGGGAGCUGAAGGGCAGCAAAAUAGAGAGGGGCGGCAAAGGAGGAGGCACUGCAGUCAGACGCGGGGGGCGGAAAAGGUAAGAGUUGGAGCCGCGGCUGACAGAGCCACGUGGUGCUGGGACUGAAGGAGAGGGGAGUGGGUAACAAAGGAGAGUAGAGGGAGAACCACAGCAAGGAGGAAGCCUAGGAAGUUGGGGGUGCUAGAGAGUGGGAACAAAGGAGAUGUAACAGGGAAAAGGGAAUUUAACAGGGAAGAGGGAUUUCAACAGGGAGAGCAGACAGGGAGCUCAGAUGGGGGGAAAGAGGCAGGAAUACGUGGAGGCUGGGGACAAUGGGAAAGUUUGGGGAGAAAGAGCAACAAGAGGUGAAAUAAGUUUCGAAGCAUUGGGCAGAAUAGACAUAAAAGAGGGAAUAAAGAAAGGGGAGAAAAACAGCAAAGGGAAAAAAGACGUGCAGAAUGAGAGAGGGAAACACAUAGUAGUGAAGAGAGUGGGCGAGGACCCCACGCAGAUGAGCGGUUUGAUGUGUGAAUAAUUACAUUGACUGAGAAAGAAACCCAGAAGAGGAAGAAGAGGAAAGAAAAGGAGUCAGUGAUGGCUACUCAGGGGCAUUUGACAUUCAAGGAUGUAGCCAUAGAAUUCUCUCAGGAGGAGUGGAAAUGCCUGGAGCCUAUGCAGAAAGCUUUGUACAAGGAUGUGAUGUUGGAGAACUAUAGGAACCUGGUCUUCCUAGGUAUCUCUCCUAAAUGUGUGAUCAAGGAAUUACCACCAACAGAGAACAGUAAUACAGGAGAAAGGUUCCAAACAGUGCCACUGGAAAGACAUCAAAGCUAUGAUAUUGAAAAUUUAUACUUCAGGGAAAUACAGAAACAUCUACAUGACCUUGAAUUUCAAUGGAAAGAUGGUGAAACAAAUGAUAAAGAAGUGCCAGUGCCCCAUGAAAACAAUCUUACUGGUAAAAGAGAUCAACAUAGUCAAGGGGAUGUAGAAAACAAUCAUAUUGAAAACCAGCUUACAUCAAGCUUUGAGUCACGUCUGGCUGAACUGCAGAAAGUUCAAACUGGAGGGAGACUUUAUGAAUGUAAUGAAACAGAGAAGACAGGUAAUAACGGUUGUUUAGUUUCUCCACACAUUAGGGAAAAACCUUAUGUAUGUAAUGAGUGUGGCAUAGCCUUUAAAGCGUCUUCCAGCCUUAUUAAUCAUCAGAGGAUACAUACUACAGAGAAACCUUACAAAUGCAAUGAGUGUGGCAAAGCCUUUCAUCGGGCCUCACUACUAACUGUACAUAAGGUAGUCCAUACAAGAGGGAAAUCAUAUCAAUGUGAUGUAUGUGGCAAGAUCUUCAGAAAAAAAUCAUAUUUUGUAAGACACCAAAGGAGUCACACUGGACAGAAACCCUACAUAUGUAAUGAAUGUGGCAAGUCCUUUAGUAAAAGUUCCCACCUUGCAGUUCAUCAGAGAAUUCAUACCGGUGAAAAACCUUACAAAUGUAAUCUGUGUGGGAAAUCCUUUAGUCAGCGUGUCCAUCUUAGACUUCAUCAGACAGUUCAUACUGGAGAGAGACCCUUCAAAUGUAAUGAGUGUGGCAAAACCUUUAAACGGAGCUCAAACCUCACUGUACAUCAGGUAAUCCAUGCAGGAAAGAAACCAUAUAAAUGUGAUGUAUGUGGCAAGGCAUUCAGACAUAGAUCAAAUCUUGUAUGUCACCGGAGAAUCCACAGUGGAGAGAAACAAUACAAAUGCAAUGAAUGUGGCAAGGUCUUCAGUAAACGUUCAAGUCUUGCAGUGCAUCGACGAAUUCACACUGUAGAGAAACCUUGCAAAUGCAAUGAAUGUGGCAAGGUCUUCCGUAAACGUUCAAGUCUUGCAGUGCAUCAGAGAAUUCAUACUGGACAGAAAACUUACAAAUGCAGUAAAUGUGGCAAGGUCUACAGUAAGCAUUCACGUCUUGCAGUGCAUUGGAGAAUUCAUACCGGCGAGAAAGCUUAUAAAUGCAAUGAAUGUGGCAAAGUUUUCAGCAUACAUUCACGACUUGCAGCUCAUCAGAGAAUUCAUACUGGAGAGAAACCUUACAAAUGCAAUGAAUGUGGCAAGGUCUUCAGUCAACAUUCACGUCUUGCAGUGCAUCGGAGAAUUCAUACUGGAGAGAAACCUUACAAAUGCAAAGAAUGUGGCAAGGUCUUCAGUGACCGUUCAGCUUUUGCAAGGCAUCGGAGAAUUCAUACUGGAGAGAAGCCUUACAAAUGCAAAGAAUGUGGCAAGGUCUUCAGUCAAUGUUCACGUCUUACAGUGCAUCGGAGAAUUCAUAGUGGAGAGAAACCUUACAAAUGCAAUGAAUGCGGCAAGGUCUACAGUCAGUAUUCACAUCUUGUAGGGCAUCGAAGAGUUCAUACUGGAGAGAAACCAUACAAAUGUAAUGAAUGUGGCAAAGCCUUUAAUCAGGGCUCCACACUCAAUAGACAUCAGAGAAUUCAUACCGGAGAGAAACCUUAUAAAUGCAAUCAGUGUGGGAAUUCCUUUAGUCAGCGUGUCCAUCUUAGACUUCAUCAGACUGUUCAUACUGGAGACAGACCUUACAAAUGUAAUGAGUGUGGCAAAACCUUUAAACGGAGCUCAAACCUCACUGCACAUCAGAUAAUUCAUGCAGGAAAGAAACCAUAUAAAUGUGAUGAAUGUGGCAAGGUAUUCAGGCAUAGUUCACAUCUUGUAAGUCACCAGAGAAUCCACACUGGAGAGAAAAGAUACAAAUGUAUUGAAUGUGGCAAAGCCUUUGGGCGGUUGUUUUCCCUCAACAAACACCAAAGAAUUCAUUCUGGCAAAAAACCUUAUAAAUGUAAUGAGUGUGGGAAAUCUUUUAUUUGUCGCUCAGGCGUCACUAAACAUCGAAUAAGACAUACUGGAGAGAACCUUACAACUAAACUCAAUGUGACAAGGCCUUAGACGUUGUCCUAGUUUCUGGAAUCACCAAAUAAUUCAUACUUACUGAUAUACCUUGUAUAUUUACCCCUUCUCUUGAAAUCCCUGUGGAAUUGUAAUCUCCAGUAUUGGAGGUGGGGCCCAUUGGGAGGUGAUUGGAUCAUGGAAGUGGAUUUCUCAAAUUGAGAAAGAUUUAGCAUCAUCCCCUUGGUGCUGUCCUGGCAAUAGUGACUUCUCUUGAGGUCUGGCUGUUUAAAAGUGCAUAGCACUUCCCUGUUGCUUGCUCUCAUUCUCACCAUGUGAAAUACCUACACCCCCUUUGCCUUCCACCAUGAUUUUAACCUUCCUGAGGCUUCCCUAGAGGGUGAUCAGAUGCCAGCACCAUGUUUUCAUUUAAGCCUUCAGAAAUUGAGCCAAUUAAGCUCUUUUCUUUAUACAUUAGCCAGCCUCAGGUUUUUUUUGUAGCAAUGCAGUUAUCACCUAAUACAUUUACACAUGCAGUAAACAUACCUAAGUUUUAAGCUAGUAUUCACUACUCACUAGGUGUAAGAAUUUGUAUAUAUAUUCCAGGAUGUAUACAUCCUGGAGAAAAAUCACAGAAGUGUAAUACGUGUGGCAAGAAUUCUACUCAAAAGCCAGAACUUGUAAAUCUAGGUAAUUAAAAGGGCAUAGAUGUAUGAAAUGAAAUGAGGGUGGCAAAACCUUUACUACAGUUCAAUCACUACUUGUCAUAAGAGAGUUUAUACUGAAAGGAAAUCAUAUAAAUGUAUGUGUCAGAGGCUUUCCCCAGGCAUCAGAACUCACUAGGCAUCAGAAUAUACAUCUUUGAGAGGAACCGCAGAAAUGUAAUGUGCAUGCUAAGGUUUUUACCCGAACAUCAAAAUGGAAAGAGUAUUCAUACUAGAGACAACCUUCCAAAUAAAUGGUUUUGAAAAAUGAAAUGUUCAAAGACCUGGAAUCAACCCAAAUGCUUAUCAGUGAUAGACUGAAUAAAGAAAAUGUGGUACAUAUACACCAUGGGAUACUAUGCAGCCAUAGAAAGGAAUGAGAUCAUGUCCAUUGCAGCGAUGUGGAUGGAACUGGAAGCCAUUAUCCUCAGGAAACUAACACAGGAACAGAAAACCAAACAGCACAUGUUCUCACUUAAAAGUGGAAGCCGAACAAUGAGAACACAUAUACCCAGGGAGGGGAGCAACACACACUGGGGCCUGCUGAUGGGGGUGGGAAGGGCAGGGAAGUGGAGCAUCAGGAAAAAUAGCUAAUGCAUUUUUGCCUUAAUACCAGGUGAUGGGUUGGUAGGUGCAGCAAAUCACCAUGGCACACAUUUUCCUAUGUAACAAAUUUGCAAAUUGUGCACAUGUACCCAGAACUUAAAGUGAGACAAAACCAAUGUCCACGCCUUUGCAGUUUGAUUGAACGUAUAAAGGAGAAAAGUCCUGUAAGUAUGCUGAACAUGAAAGGACCUGGAAGCAGUAGUGUGUCUUCAGGCUUUACCAAAUUAUUCCUACUUGAGAGAAAACUUGGAAAUGUAAUCAAUGUGGCACAAAUUUCAACCAGUUUUUUAAACAGACUACACAUCUUUGAAAUCAUACUAGGGACAACCAAAUCUGCUUCUCCAAGAUUGGCCUGGAAUAUUACUACAGAAUAACUACCAGACAACAUUUGUGAAAACUCAGAACAGUAUGUAUUUUAAAGGAGCAAGUGCGUAUGUGAAAAUGGCUCAUUCAGUUUAUAAAAUAUUACAUUAAAUUUGAGGUUUCUUUUUUUUUUUUCUUUUGUGACAGUCUUGCUCUGUUCCCCAUGCUGUAGUGCAGUGGCACCAGUUCACCUCACUGUAACUUCCACAUCCUGGUUUCAAGCAAUUUGUGCCUCAGCCUCCCAAGUAGCUGGGAUUACAGUCAUGCCACCAUGCCCAGAUAAUUUUUAUAUUUUUUCAUAGAGUUGGUGUUUUACCAUGUUUGCCAGGCUGAUCUCAAGCUCCUGGCCUCAAGUGAUUUGCCGCCUUGGCCUCACACAUUGCUGAGAUUACAGGCAUGAGCCACCACACCUGGCCAAUGGGGCGUUUCUUAAAAUAGCUACUAGACUAUGACGUUUAUCCUAAGAUUUGAAGUCUAUCAUCUUCCUUACAUAUCCUUCAUUGUGGUAUCUGGGAAUGAAUCAACAAGAUGAGAGGGCCUCCUUCAUUCAGUGUGGCUCCUUCAUUUCCAUGCUUCCUGAAGAUUAAGGUCACUGAAUUUUAAAAUUCAAUAUUCUGUGAGUUACACACCAUGGAGUAACUGGGAGAAUAAUGUAAGUUUAUGAUGUAAGUUGUGCUUGUGUUCCAGGCGUCCAUGAACACGUAGAGUGCCACUUUGGGUUGUAGGAAAUAAUUGCACAACCAACUGACUGAAAUACCAGUGAGGACAUUGAUGGAAUAUUAAGGGUAUUCAUGAGAGGCAAGUGAUAGGUUACUAGGGAUGGAUUGUGUGGGAGAAAUAAUGCAGAGGAAAUGAAGAUCAUCUCCAUUGAAUGACAGCUGUUAUAUAGCAAAGAUAAAUGUAAAAUUAUUCUUGGAAGUGGAAGACAGCAGUUAUCAGAGAGGAGAAUUUAAUCAAAAGAAUCAGAAUAGCAUGGUCACAGGCCAGAUUCACAUUGAAGCAUUUACUCUAUAUUUUACUGCUGUUACAUUCAAAAUGUAUCAGAAGUCUCAUGGUUCAAUUAAUAAAACAUUAUUUGUUUUCGUAACUCAGUGACGUUCCUUUCACCAACACAGAUUUAUCCCACCUUAGUAAAGAACUUCUAACAGACACUGCAUUACACUCUGCUGGUUAAAAUAAUGUGCGACAAUUGUUUUCUAUGGCGAAAUCAAACAACAUAGAUUUUUGCCCGUACCAUAGUCCCCCUUUAAGCCGCAAGAUGCCUUCCAAGUGUCCUCUGGUGGAUACCUGAAACUGGAUAGUACCCAACCAUAAAUAUAUAGUUUCAGUCAAGUUUUGAGGUGUGACAGCAAAGCUAGUACUGAUUAUUUUUAUUCACACUUGUACAGAAGAUUUAUGAUAAAUCUUAGCAUCUUCAUCUGUAUUUUUUUCUUAUUAAAUCAAUAACCUUUCACUUAACUUAAAGGAGGCACUUUACAGCUUUCUUGCUUUCUCUUUUUUUUUUUUUUUUUUUUGUUAGGGGGUUUUGCUAUGUCACCCAGGCUGAGUGCAGUGGUUAUUCACAGGUAAGAUCUUAGCACACUGCAGCGUCAAAAAGUGGUUCUCCCACCUCAGCCUCCAGACUACCUGAGACUACAGGUACAUGCUAUUGUGUCUAGCUUACAGCUUCUCUGAGAUAUCCAAGUUGCAAGCCUCACUACUUUUGUGCUUUGGGGCCAUAAUUAAGUAAAAUAGGAGAUACUUGAACACAAACACGAUGAUACUCUAACAACGCUAACUGAGAUGACUAGUAAGUGACUGAGAGAGGGGUAGGUUAUUCUGUGUGGCUACACUGUAUAAAGGGAUGAUUUAUGUCCUGGGUGGAACAAUGUGAGAUUUCAUCACAUUAGUGAGAACAGUAUAUAGUUUAAAAUUUCUGUGUUAUUUAUUUUGGGAAUAUUCCAUUUAAUGUUUUUGGACCACAGUUGCCACUGGUAAUUGAAAUCAUGGAAAGUGAAACUGCAGAUAAUGUGGGAUGACUGUACCAAUGUCUUGGGGGGAGGGAGCCAGCUGAUUGUGAGAUGUAAGUUUGUGAUUCUGAGAUAGCAGCUUUGCAAAAAACUGCAAUUUGUCAAUUCACCAAUAUUGAUAAUGUGCAAGCUUGGUGAGCUGAGAAUAUUCCUGAAAACCUUUGUUCCCACUGCGAAUUCCCGGGGACAGUUAUGAGUUCCUAAUGACGUCACCACAAAGACAUUUUGGAGUGUUUGGUAAAGGCUGUUUCUUUUCAGUGAUUGCUGGAAGCAGAUGGGAUCAAAUAAAAAUAGAACACUGUGGGCUCCCAAGGCUGAGGUGGAGCUGGAGGAUGCCGGCCAGACUGCGGAGCAGCAGUCUUCCUUGUGCACAUGCCUGAAGUCCGCGUGGGUGUUUGAGGAAGUGGGGAUACAGCAUUUAAUGAAAAAUGUAUGCUUAAGAAGUAGAAAAUGGCAGUCUUCCUAGAUAAUUUUCAAUGGCCAGAAUGUGAAUGUAUUGACAAGUGAGAGAAGAAAUGUUGUGGCGUCUGUUGUGACAGGUAUAUUGUUUUUUACAGGCUGGUGGAUAAUGACGCAGCUGUGGUGUAUUGUAGGUCAGAACAGUUGAACCAUGCCUUUCACACAUGUGGUGUAUUUCCCACAUUGGCUUUCUUCAUGAUAAAUGCUGUAUCCAAUGCUCAGGUGAGAGGUGAUAGCUAUGAAAGUGGCUGUUUAGGAAGAACAGGUCCUUGAGUUUGGCUUUUCGUUGGUUUCAUGUUGAUGUUUGGGGUACUUAUUGCUUCCAUGUGGAUUCUUUUUGGUGCAUAUGUUACCCAACCACUCUGAUCUACAAAUUUGGAAGAACUGAAGAGCUAUGGACCUGAGAUCACUCCUUAAAUCACAUUUUCUUUAUGUUAUAUUCUGUUUGUAGAUAAGUUUUUAUCUUAGUACACGUUGCCAAAUGGAGUAGCUUGUACAUUAAAUGUUUUCUUUACAUUUUUAUGUUGUGUUAUUUUGUCUUUUUUGUUGUUGUUGUUGUUGCUGUUGUUUUUGAGACGGAGUUUGGCUCUUGUUGCCCAGACUGGAGUGCAAUGGCGCGAUCUCGGCUCACCACAACCUCUGCCUCCUGGGUUCAAGCGAUUCUUCUGCCUCAGUCUCCCAAGUGGCUGGGAUUACAGGCAUGCACCACCACACCCAGCUAAUUUUGUAUUUUUAGUAGAGAUGGGGUUGCUCCAUGUUGGUCAGGCUGGUCUCAAACUCCCAACCUCAGAUGAUCCGCUCCCCUCGACCUCCCAAAGUGCUGGGAUUACAGGCAUGAGCUACCACACCCUGCCUAUGUUGUGUGUUUUUAAAGUUUUAUGAAAUUUCUGUUCUUCAUUUUUCAUUGCAUAGACUGUUAAUAUGUAUAUAAUACAAGACUAUAUGGCUUGGAUAAUGAGUAUCUUUUAUUCCUGAGAUUUAGAACUUGAUCUGUUCCCUAAGCCAGGGUUAUAUCAUCAUGUCAUUUUAGAAGUAACCACUCUCUCUCUGGCCGGGCGCAGUGGCUCACGCCUGUAAUCCCAGCACUUUGGGAGGCCAAGGUAGGUGGAUCACCUGAGGUCAAGUUUGAGACCAGCCUGACCAAUAUGGUGAGACCACAUCUUUACUAAAAAUACAAAAAUUAGCCGGGCAUGGUGUCAGGUGCCUGUAAUCCCAGCUACUUGGGAGGCUGAGGCAGGAGAAUCAUUUGAACCCUGUGGGUGGAGGUUGUAGUGAGCCGAUAUUGUGCCACUGCACUCUAACCUGGGUGACAGAGUGAAAUUCCAUCCCCCCCCAAAAAAAAAGUAACCACUCUCUCUCAGUAUCUCUAAUUUCUGAAGAUGUGCAAAAAAUAUAAUUUUAUAUAGCUGGAAUGAGCACUUAGCCAUAAAAGGUAUUUCAGCAAGUUGUAAUUUAUUUUGGCCUAAAAAUGAGGUUUUUUUGUAAAGGAAAAAUGUUUGUUCUUAUGUAUUGAAGAAGUGUACGUUUAUAUAAUGAUUUUUUAAAUGCCCAAAGGACUAGUUUGAAAACCUCUUCCAAGAAUUCCUCUAAUAUGACCUUAUAUGAAAAGGGAUAAUACAUGAUCAAAUAAACUCAGUUUUUUUUAUGGUUGCUGUAAAAAGACUGUGUAAGGCAGCUUAGCACCAUGCUUCUCAUAAAAGCAGCUUAAAUUAUCCACUGGGGUUAUCUUUUGACAACCUGCCAUUAUCUGGUGUUACACAAUUCAAUAGCAAGCAAGUUUGAGACAACUGCAGUUCAAAAGCAUGAACCAUAUAACAAAAAGUGGAAUAAUUAAAGAUAAGGCACUUCUUCCCAAAGGGAAUUAUCACCUAGUGAAAAAUUACGCAUUUCAUCUACUCAGUUACUGACUGCAAGCAAGUCUCUCUGCUCUAGCUCUCAAGCUUUGGGUGAAUGUCCCUGCGAAAUGUAUCUUCAAGUUGAAAGUUCACACUCCAGUCAAAAACUCCUUUUACUGAGUUUGCGGUACUGUAUUUGCAUGUGUCUAUUUCUCUGGACCUUUAUUGCUACUUUUGCUUUCCUUUGUUACACAGAUUUUGUGUUGCACUUUCUUCUCCAGAGGGGUGAUAUAGAGCCUUGGUUAUAUGAAUAAUACCAGUGAUAGUGUCCACAGCUCAAAUGCAAGCCCAUUUGGCAUCACUCCUUUCAUCUCUCUGAGAGGAUUUAUUGUGUGCAGAGUAUGAAGCAGUUGUGGAGCUCUGUGCCUUUGUCAAGAUACCAUCUUGUUUGAUGACUUCUUUGUUGUUUUUCCUUGAAAAUGUCAGUAAGCUCUGUUAUGCUUCUAGCAGAUUGUAAGACUGUUUCCACCCUCAUAACCUGUUGCAAUAAAUAUUAUUUCUCACACAUUUUAAUAUUGUUAAGUUUGUUGGAGAAAACAAACCAUAAAAAUUCAUUUGCUGUUCAGUUUUCAAUUAAAAUAAAGAAAUAGAACAUUGUUAAUUUCUGAGACUUGAUGGACAGUAAUAUGGAAAAUCUUUUCAUUUGCCUAUUUGUGCAUCUGCAUCGGUGAAAUUUCUCCUCAUAUUUUUAACCUAUUUUCUAAUUCAAUUUUUUUUCUGUGAUAUACUUUACUUUGUAGAGCAAUUUUUGGUUCCCAGCAAAAUGUAGUGGAAGGUACAGAGAUUCCUCAUAUAGCUCCUUCUGAGAAACCUUAGAAAAUAUAGCAAAACAUAGCCAUUAAAAUAGAAAAACAUUUACCAGAUGGACAGCACCUCACCCGGGUGUGUCAACAGAUGGACAGGAGUCCGGGUCCGGGUGUGGCUAUCAAGGACACCAGAUGUCCAGGGUAGUGUCCCAUACAUUCCCAGAACUAAAGUAGAAAAACAUUUCCAGAAAAUACCCCUUCCCGCCUGUGAGCCCCCUGACCAACCAGUGUAGGACAGCUGGCUCAGGCCAUAAUUAAGAACCAAUCAGUCACUCCCAAUCCUCGCGCCUUAAUGCUUUUUGAAUGUGUGACCCAAUCAAAUGUGUGUAUCCUCCCCUUGUUUGAAUUUGUAACCUCCCCCAGAUUGCUGUGUAACCCCUCCCUUGUUUUGAUGUGUAGUUUUUGCCUAUAUAAACUGUGUAAAACAGCCGUUCGAGGUCUUUCGGCCUCUUGUGCUAAGGACCCUAGCGCGCUAGUAAUAAAGUGUGCUCUUUGCUGUGA